AUGAGGAAUGAUAUAACCAAUUUCAUGCAAGCAGACAUGGAGAAUUUAUACGAAGCAUGGGAGCGGUUUAAAGAGUUGUUAAGAAGAUAUCCUCAUCAUGGGCUUCCAAAUUGGAUUACUAUUGAUGCAGCUGCAGGAGGAGCUUUAAUGGGAAAAGAGAUUGAUGAAGCGUAUAACCUUUUAGAAGAGAUGGCCAACAACAACCAUCAAUGGUCAUCUGAAAGAUCUAUGCCAAGAAGAACAGCUGGAGUACAUGAGAUUGAUGCGAUGACAGCAUUAAAUGCAAAGGUAUGUGAGAUUUGCGUGGGUCCUUAUGUUACCCAUGAGUGUGAAGCUGGGAUAUCUUUUAUACCUCAACCAUCUGAGCAAGUUAACUAUGUGGCUAAUCAAGGAGGAAGACAAUUCAAUCCCAAUGAAAACACUUACAAUCUAGGAUGGAGGAAUCACCCCAACUUUUCAUGGUCUAAUAAUCAGAAUGUGUUGAAGCCUCCAAUAGGUUUCCAAUGGCAGGAAAAGAAGCCUUCAUUGGAAGAUUUAGUGGCUACCAUAGCUAAGACGACUUCAGAUUAUGUAGCCAAGACAAACACUAUAUUUCAAAAUCAACAAGCUGCUAUCAGAAAUAUAGAAAUGCAAAUUGGCCAAAUAGCCAAUAUGGUGAACAAUAGAGCUCAAGGAACGCUGCCAAGCACAACAGAAAAUAAUCCAAGAGAGGAUGUCAAGGUAGUGACAUUGAGAAGUGGUAAGCAACUUGGUGAGGUAAGUAGCAAACAUGUUACAAGGGAUGUUGAUAAAAAGAAUAAUGUUGAGAUCAGUUAUGAGAAUGAGCAAGACGAGAUACCAUCCCUAUCACCACCUGUUAAACCUUAUGUUCCUCAUAUCCCUUUUCCUCAAAUGCUUAAACAGAAUAAGGUUUUUAAGCAAUUGCGCAUUAACAUUCCAUUUGCAGAUGCUUUAGCGCAGAUUCUUACUUAUGCAAAAUUUCUAAAAGAAAUUAUGUCAAACAAGAGGAAGUUGGAGGAUUAA